CCAUAUCUCCCCAUAUCUCCCCCAUAUCUGCUCCAUAUCUCCCCCAUAUCUCGACUGCCUGCGUCGCGCGAGAAGAUCCAUAUCUCCCCAUAUCUCCCCCACAUCUGCUCCAUAUCUCCCCCAUAUCUGCUCCAUAUCUCCCCCAUAUCUCGACUGCCUGCGUCGCGCGAGAUGAUCCAUAUCUCCCCAUAUCUCCCCCAUAUCUGCUCCAUAUCUCCCCCAUAU